AUGGCACACGUCUGUCAGAAUUUGGACUCGUACUCUUCAUACCGAGAUUCAAGAUCGCCAUUAUCAUAUGAGGACCAACAGCUUCAACUUUCUCGAUCGUCAACGGUCUAUGUGGGCAACCUAUCAUUCUUCACGACCGAAGAACAGAUCUUUGAGCUGUUCUCAAAAGCCGCUCUUAUCAAACGAAUCAUCAUGGGACUCGAUCGGAAUUCCAAAACGCCCUGUGGAUUCUGUUUCGUCGAGUAUUAUCGACCAGAAGAUGCACUAGCUUGUUUGAGAUACAUCUCCGGCACGAAGCUUGACGAACGCGUGAUUCGGGCAGACCUAGACCCGGGAUAUCUAGAUGGCCGGCAGUAUGGAAGAGGAAAGAGUGGCGGACAGGUACGGGACGAGUACCGGGAAGAUUAUGAUGUCGGUCGAGGUGGAUGGGGACACUUGAAACAAAAACAAGAAGAACGACAGCGCCAAAUGAGGCAGGAUGAAAUGUACCGUGAUGAUCAUGAUGGAGGCGGGAAUCGUGAGGUUCCUGAUGGGGCUGGUGAAGGGGGCCCUCGGUUUCGAGAAGAACAAGCAGAAGAGGAUGCAGAUUGA